CAUAAUAACCAUGUACCAUGUGUCCCUCUUACCAGGAUGUAUAAUUCAUGAGGGUGGACUUUUAAAAAAGAAUUUUGUAUUUCUUAUUACAUUGUAGACCCCUGAUAAAUAUUCAUUAAAUGUGAAUGAAUAAAGAAUCAGCACACCUAGUUCUCCAACCAGUAUUAUCACGAAUAACUCUGCAACCAAGGCAAAGAGCCUUUAUCUCAUCCAUGCCUUAUGUGUGCACCUAACACAGGUGCAGUAGAGUGGCUUCCCUACUUCAAGGUCUAUUUCAUCAACUGAAAGAAAAGCUGGGAAUGAAAAUCUGAAGAAGUACACGCCCUUAUUUUGACUUAUGGAAAUUACUGGUUUUGUGUACCCAUCUUGGCUUUUAAACAGGAUGUGAACUCCUAGAGCCCAAGGACAUAACUAUAGAUCCAUAUUGCCUGUCACGUCUAGCAAAGUGGCUAAUGAGGAAAUGCUCUAACCUCUGUUGCUAACUGGGGAAAUUUGAGUUAUUUGGAAGAGUGCGGAUAGAUUGUCUAAAGCCCUGUAUGUGUAAGUGUGGGAGUGACGGAAGAGUCAGUGCCCUCUUGUGAUCACCUCCCCUCAUACACACACCUAAAACAGUGGGAUGGAACUGUAGAGUGUUAUGCUAAGUGAAAUAAGUCAUACAGAGAAAGACAGGUACCAUAUGUUUUCACUCCUAUGUGGGUCCUGAGAUCCUGUGACACCCACAUGGACAUGGAGAUACUGUCCCCUGCCUGCUAAGCCCCAGGGGCCUCAGUUCAUACUCCCACAGUCUGUCCCCAUGGGCCUCCUAGGCAGUGCUAUAAAUAGGCCUGUGAAAGGGAGAGCCAGCUCCAGCUGCGCUCUCUCUCAGUAGGACUGCAUGGUUUUCAAGCGAGUGCACUCUCGCCUGGGGUCAGGAAGCCAAAAUUCCUGCCAUCCUAAGAGACCUUGAGGACACCAUAACUGUCUCAUGGAAGGAGGGGAAAGCCCCUUUGUCCAACCCACAUCUUCAUGGGCCGAGAAGAAAUGUCCCAGAGCACUGGCUGACAGUCCAGAAAGGCAAGUAAGAGUGAAUGCAACAGCCACAUUCAGACCCAAAGAGAAGCUGAAAUUGGUCCUAGACAGAGGUCACUUUAGGCAGAAGGCCAGACAACAUGGGAGAGAGACAUGAGGUCUUCUGGGAUAGGUAACUGGGGAGACAAGAUAAUGGUUCAAAGUCUUAGACUGUUACCAGCAAAGCAGAAAAGAUGCCCUGCGGAAAGAGGAGUCAGGAAAGGAUCCAACUCUGUGGCCAACAGAGACCCUUAUAUCUGUGGGUACUCACAUAGUAACAUGUGCAAGAGGCUUUGGGAAAGGGGAAAUAAAUUACUGUGUUCCCCCUACUCCCCCUCCAUGACUUUUCCUUCAUUUGGGGCCCCAUUUCUCUUGGAAACCAAGGUCCAAUGAGCUGGCCUCCCUCCAGGGAAGUUUCCUUAGCAUUACCCAUACUUUUCAGCCUGACUUGUUUCGAUUUCUGAAUCUCCCACCCCAAGCUACCUAUGAUAGAUACAUAGAUGACUGGAUGGAUACAAGACAUAAGCUAUCUUUCAUCUCAUUGAAGGAUGCAAUUAUCUGUCUAUGAAAAGGUCUUUUCAUUCUCUGACAGAGGCUUGGGGCUAAGUUUAGGAUUUCAUAUUUGCCAAGGAGAGUAGCUAUUAUUUCUUUGCAUAGGAUCUGAGGAUAGGGAGAAGAGAAAAUAGUGGUCAGAGGUAUGAAUUUGUGAUCUUUGACUUGAGAAUUUUGUGACCUUUGACUUGAAUUUGUUCUCCCUUGCUUAUCCACAAUGAGGAUAAUACAAGUCACAUCUUUUAGUUCCCAUUUUAUCACACAAUAUUUUAAGACUGCUGGUCUCCAAACCCUCCCCCUUAAAGCCAAAUAAAAGAGAGACUCCCAGUUGCAGUAAGGACUCAGAUUAGGAGUGAAGAAGAAUCCUGAGAAAAUGAACAGGUUUACCUAACUAUCACUGAUGAAGACACCUGCAGAAUUUCCCAAAAUUCAGAGGCCCUACCUCUUGAAGCCAAGUCUUUGGCUUGUUAGAAACAAUUAGCUCUAAAAACCAGGGCACCUAGGGAGCCUAGCAGGGGAAAGUGUUUGAUGAGGUCAAAGCCCAGGUGUGUGGGUGGGAGGGCAGGGGCAGAGCCAGUGGGGGGCAGGACAGGGCUUCCAAAAGCAACAAGUUUCCCCUAAUAUGAAUGACUUGUUGGCAGAGGUUCCAAAAAAGACAAAGCUCUAGGAGGGUUAGGUCUCAACCUAAGAUCUCCUUGGGGUAAGGAAUAUGGCCUUGGAGGCAGCUGUCUUAUGUGGAGAUACACAUCAGCCAGGAAUAGAGAGAAGAGCCUUCACAAGGGACAAUGCCAGGCAGCUAGGAUCUGUUGGAGGCCACAUACCUUCAUCUGCUGGAAGCCAGGACCUUCAUCCCCAGAUAAGUCAGUGGAGGGAACUACUCCCAAAGGAGUUUCCUUAUUUUCCUCAAUAGAUUGACUUGUGGGCCUCUUUUCCUUAGUGGUUUUUUUUUUUUUCAUUUUUAGAAAAUUCCUGUUUUUGUGUUUCUUUCUUCCCUUGCUGGCCUUAGACCUAGGGACCUAAAAUCCUGGAAGUCUGAAGGAAAAAAAAAAAAAACCCAAAACCUAUCCCCAUUGUCUUGGUAUACCCAUUAAUCCCUUCUCUAAUUCCUACUUAAUGUUUAAAAACAAAAGGAUCAUUUCUCUUCCCCUCCCAUGCAUUAAAUGCACACUUUAUGCUAACACUUAUCCCAAAAUUCUAAUAAUUUUGUUACUUGUCUAUCUUCCACCAUAGACAAGGCAUCUGAAGGGCAAAAGAUAUGUCUUUUAUCUCUGUGUCAUGAGCAUCUAGAAAAUUGCCUUGUACAUAGUAGAUCAUAUAAGUAGAUGCUUAUAAAAUGAAUGAACAAUUGAAGGAAAGGAAGGGAAGGAGAACACACCUGUAAAGGGGUUCCCAAUAGGGUAUCUGUUAACACUUAUCUGAGAAAAGGACCACCCAGUAUCCAGACAAUGAAGGUGUGGGCCAGGAGUCUGAAGGAAUUUGGAAAGGAUACAUUUUGGGAUAAGCAUUGUUCUCCCCAGGUUCCCUUUAAAAAAUGUAAACGGACCUUGGGAAUAGUAACUGAUAAAUGAAUUUUUUUAUGUUUAUUUAUUUUUGAGAGAGAAAGCAUGAAUAGGACAGGGACAGAGAGAAAGGGAAACAGAGGAUCAAAAGCGGACUCUCCACUGACAACAGUGAGCCUGAUGUGGGAUUCGAAAUCACCAACUGUGAGAUCAUGACCUGAGCCAAAGUCAAACACUCAACCAACUGAGCCACCCAGGCUCCCUGAUAAAUGAAUUUUAACUACCAUUUUCCCUUUGGAAGAGGACUUUAGAGCUUAUGAAAGAGUGUAAAUGGCUUGGAAGAGUGGGAGGAGACAGUAGGAGAGGGAGAGCUGAGAAACAUUCAGUUUCCAGGAUUCCAGGGCUGGUCUCUCUGAUUGUGCUCCAUGUCCUAGCAGGCUAGCUGGCUGCCAGUGUGACCUCACCCUCUCCAGUGCCCCCUACUCAGUGCCAGCUAUGAGUUCCUGCAAUUUCACACAUACCACCUUUGUACUCAUUGGUAUCCCCGGAUUAGAAGAAGCCCAUUUCUGGAUCGGCUUCCCCCUGCUUUCAAUGUAUGCUGUAGCAGUGUUUGGAAACUGCAUCGUGGUGUUCAUCGUAAGGACGGAGCGCAGCCUGCAUGCUCCCAUGUACCUCUUUCUCUGCAUGUUGGCAGCCAUUGACCUGGCAUUGUCCACAUCCACCAUGCCCAAGAUCCUCGCCCUCUUCUGGUUUGAUUCCCGGGAGAUUACCUAUGAUGCCUGCAUUGCCCAGAUGUUUUUUAUUCAUGCCCUCUCAGCUAUUGAGUCCACCAUCCUGCUGGCCAUGGCCUUUGACCGUUAUAUAGCCAUCUGUCACCCACUACGCCACGCAGCAGUGCUCAACAAUACAGUAACAGCCCAGAUUGGCAUGGUGGCCGUGGUCCGUGGAUCCCUCUUCUUUAUCCCACUGCCUCUGCUCAUCAAGCGGCUGGCCUUCUGCCACUCCAAUGUGCUCUCACACUCCUAUUGCGUGCACCAGGAUAUGAUGAAGUUGGCCUAUGCCGACACAUUGCCCAAUGAGGUCUAUGGUCUUACUGCCAUUCUGCUGGUUAUGGGCGUGGAUGUCCUCUUCAUCUCCUUGUCGUAUUUUCUGAUUAUACGAACAGUUCUACAACUGCCUUCCAAGUCAGAGCGGGCCAAGGCUUUUGGAACCUGUGUGUCACACAUCGGUGUGGUUUUAGCCUUCUAUGUUCCUCUCAUUGGACUCUCAGUGGUUCACCGUUUUGGAAAAGGCCUUGACCCCAUCGUGCAUGUUCUUAUGGGUGAUGUCUAUCUACUUCUGCCUCCUGUGAUCAAUCCCAUCAUCUACGGUGCCAAGACCAAAAAGAUCAGAACUCGGAUGCUAGCUAUGUUCAAGAUCAGCUGUGACAAGGACCCUCAGGCUGUGGGAAGCAGGUGAUCUUUACCACUUUUCCUUAUCCUUAGUGGCUUGACAUAAUGAUUUCCUAAUACUAGCUUAUUUCUAGUUGCCUAUUUAAUGAUUUUUCCUGCUGUGGCCUCCAAAUGCUACCUCUGCUUGGGAUGAAAGUUUGGAGGCUACCAUGAUUACCUUUCAUAGGAAAUUAGUUUUUAUUAAUGAAAAUUCACAAUUUUGGGAUAUAAAUUCUUGAGCAUCACAGCUGAUGGUAUAAUUGGCAAUAUGUAGCAAGAAAUUUUUAAAACUUAUAUGCUUUAAUGCUUUCUCACUUUUGGAAAUUUAUCCUAACAAAAUAUCCCUAAAUGCUGAAAGCAGUUUUUCAUAAAAUACAUUGGCUACACCACUAUUAAUCAUAUACUAAAGAUCACAGGAUAUAAUAUAUAAAAGUAAGGAAUAGUAAAUUUGAGUAUGGUCCAUUUAUUUAAUGAAAUAUAUGUGGAACAAUCCAUAUUAAAAGAAUAUUAUGUGACCUUUAAAGACUCUGCUAUAAAAUGAAACAUGCAUAUAAUGUUAAAAAUAAAAUAAAAAGGACACAUGAUUGAAAUUAACUUGAAAAGCAAUCUAUGCCUUCAAGGAAAUGUGCUCAAAUUAGUGACUCAUUUUAGUUUUGACUUUCUAAAUUUAUUUAUUAUGGAUGUCUUGUUUAAAUGACAUGUAUAACUUUCAAAAUGAAGAAAAUGAAACUGACAAUUUACACAAACCUAAGCUUGUCAAAGACCUCAUUGUUGGUUUACUAUGCAAUAUCUGAAAAUUUAUCUAAGCCCUACACAAUAAUGCUAAUGAACAUGUCUUAAGUGCUUACCAUGUUCUAGGCACUAUACUAACUGCUUUAGAGAUUUUAUCUGAUCUUCACAACAAUUUUGGGGAGUAGGUACCAUUUUUGUCCCCCAUUACAAGUGAGAGAAAUGAGCCUUUCAUUAACAAGAUAACUAAGUCAUAGUUUGUGGGUGCUGUGCCAAGAUGUGAAAUUGAGUUUGAUAACCAAAUAUAGUUACUUAAUUUCCACAUUAUAUUGCUUCCUGUUUAAUAUAUUCCAUUUAUUUCUUCAGCCUGUGCAAAUCCUGUUUUCUCUCUGCUGUGUGUCUUCUAAGAUGAGUGACUUUGUGUUGAGAGAUAACCCUGCCCUCAUGAGCAACAAAUCCAGAUUGCUCUUCGUGAUUUAUAGUCACCUUUCAUGUUCUACAGCCUGUUUCUUUCCAGAUUAAGGGGGAGUAUUUUUGUCUACUUAUAGAUUACAUCUUCUCACCCAUAUCUCCCUUUUGUCAGUAUAUCCUGUAUCUUUUAAACAUUUCAUAUGUGUGGGUUUUAACUUAAGUAUAAGACAAUAAAAUUUUAUUUUAAAUUUUGCUAAAUGUUAUGCCUACUGUUUUUAUAUUUAUAGAAUCCUAUAAAUUCAGAUUUGAAGAUGCAGGAGA